AAGAGACAGACCCACAGAAUAGAGAUCAGAGGAAGAGAAGAGAUAGAAGUCAUGUCCAAAGUGUGGACAGCUCUCAUAUAUCAGCCAGUCAGUGUGACUCUGAUGUUCGGAUAAGCUUCAAAAGGGCGAUUUUGACUGAGAAACGCAAACAAUCUUCUGAUAAAAAGAUACUUUCUUUUAUAAAGUCUGAGGAAAGGUCAAGAAUUGUUAAUAAUGUCUAUGUCUACAUGAAAAAUGAGUCAGAUGACAGACUUCAUGCCUGCAAAGAAAGUGGUAAAAGUUUUGGUUUCAGGUCUAAGUUUAGAACGGACAUGAGAACCCACUCAGGACAAAAGCCUUUUUCUUGUAAAGAUUGUGAUAAAAGCUUUAGUUGUGUAUCUCAUCUCAACACACACAUGAGAACUCACACAGGAGAAAAGCCUUUUUCUUGUGAAGAAUGUAAAAAAAGUUUUAGUAUUGUAUAUAAUCUCAAAAGACACAUGAGAAUUCACACAGGAGAGGAGCCUUUUUCUUGUAAAGAAUGUGAUAAAAGUUUUGGACGAAUAUCUAAUCUUAAAACACACAUGAGAUCCAACUCUGGAGAGAAGCAUUUUUUGUGUGAAAAAUGUAAUAGGAGUUUUUGUAAUUCCUCUCAUUUCAAAAGGCACAUGAGAACUCAUACAGGAUGGAAGCCCUUUUCUUGUAAAGAAUGUAAAAAAGGGUUUAAUCAAAUAUCUGAUCUCAAAACACACAUGAGAACUCACACAGGAGAGAAGCCUUUUUUUUGUAUAGAAUGUAGAAAGGGUUUUACUCAAAAAUCUCAUUUCAAAACACAUAUGAUAACUCAUACAGGGGAGAAACCCUUUUUGUGUAAAGAAUGUGAUAAAGGUUUUAGUUAUUUAUGUCAUCUCAAAAGACACAUGGGAUCUCAUACAGGACAGAAGCCUUUUUCUUGUAAAGAAUGUAAAAAGAGUUUUAGUAUGGUAUCUCAUCUUAAAACACACAUGAGAACUCAUACAGGAGAGAAGCCUUUUUUGUGUAAAGAAUGUAAUACACGUUUUAGCCGUGUAUUUAGCCUCAAAAGACACAUGAAAACUCAUAUUGGAGGGAAGCCUUUUUCUUGUAAAGAAUGUAGUAAACAUUUUAGUAGUGUAUUUAAACUCAAAGCACACAUGAUAACUCACAGGAGAUAAGCUUUUUUGUGUAAAUAAUAUAAAACAAGUUUUAGUGAUGUAUUUGACCUUAAAACAAGAGAACUCACACAGAAGAGAAUCUGAUCCAAGGUCAGCUAUCAAAGCAUCCUGAUCUUUCAUUAAAUGUUCACAGACUGUUGGCCUACAUACCACAUUGAUGCAGUUAUUCUGUAAUGAGGAGACAGAAGUGACUAUUGAAUGCAUUGAAGUGAGCAGAUUUCUGAAAUCUGACAUGAGUGCUGAACAUUCUUUUUAUAUUCUUCUGACUUAAAAUUCUAACUUUUUAAACAUUAUUUUUAGGUGUUUGUCAACUGUAAGCCACUGUGAUCACAUAUCUCAAAUACUGAAUUCUGUAAUUCUAAACAUCCUGACUUUUACUUUUUAAGGUUUUUAACUUGUUCAUGAAAUUCAUUUUUUUAGAUAUACCUCUUAAUAGAAAU